GGGCCCGUGACCUCAACACAUUUCAAGACUCCAUAUUCAAGAUGUUUUAUAAAGUUCAAGUUGUAUUAAUAAUCCGGGUUCAGCACUGGACCCUGAGCUCAUCCAGUGUUUGAGGUGUGAACAUCAGACACUCAGGUGACCCAUGGUGUUCAGGGAUCACAUGACCCCACUCCUCCUCUUCUUCAACCAGAAGCUGAUACUGGGUGAUCCAGAGGAGCCCAGGGACCUGAUGGAGAGACUGGUCUACUAAAUAUGUUCCUCCAACUUAAAAGAGGAAUAAAUAAAUGAAUAAAGACACAGAAUGACAAAACAAUUAUUUUGUGUGAAAAACUGUUUCGCUUCUUCCGGUUGAAUGGGUCUGUAGUUUUAUUGUGAAGGUCCUGCCGGAAGCGGCGCCGCUGUGCAUUGCGGUGGUGACGUCACGGCGGGACCGUGCGGGUCGGAUCAUGGAGCAGUGCGGGGCGCGAGACGCGGGGACGAUGUGCGGGACUCUGUGAAACACGCGCUGCGAACAACACCUGCGGAGCCGCACGAGCGUCCCAGGGAAUCGAACAGUGACCGCUGGCACCGGGAGGAGGAGGAGCGGAGGGACGGAACAGCCUCCCCGACAAACACCCACCACGACCCGCAGAGCGAGGAGCGAGCCGCCGCUUCCCCCCCCUGGAAGCUCGUGUCUCCGGCGGAGCAGCGUCUCCUCCCCGGGCUGCGGCUCCGCUCUCUGCCGGUAUGUGAGCGGACUCCACCGGAGGAGCGUCGACAGCAGCUGCAGUCAUGAACUACCAGCAGCAUCUCGCCAACUCGGCCGCCAUCCGGUCCGAGAUCCAGAGGUUCGAGUCCGUCCACCCCAACAUCUACUCCAUCUACGAGCUGCUGGAGCGGGUGGAGGAGCCGCUGCUGCAGAACCAGAUCCGGGAGCACGUCAUCGCCAUCGAAGAUGCGUUUGUGAACAGUCAGGAGUGGACGCUGAGUCGAGCCGUUCCUGAGCUGAAAGUGGGCAUUGUGGGUAACCUGGCCAGUGGUAAGUCUGCCCUGGUGCACAGGUACCUGACGGGGACGUACGUCCAGGAGGAGUCGCCUGAAGCUGACGUGGACGCAGGAGGUCGUUUCAAGAAGGAGAUCGUGGUCGACGGUCAGAGUCACCUGCUGCUGAUCCGAGACGAAGGAGGCCCCCCGGAGCCUCAGUUUGCGUUGUGGGUCGAUGCCGUGAUCUUCGUCUUCAGCCUGGAGGACGAGAUCAGCUUCCAGACGGUUUAUCACUACUUCAGCCGCCUCGCCAGCUACAGGAACACCAGCGACCUGCCGCUGGUGCUGGUCGGCACGCAAGACGCCAUCAGCUCGGCGAACCCCCGAGUGAUCGACGACGGCCGCGCCCGGAAGCUCUCCAACGACCUGAAGCGCUGCACCUACUACGAGACCUGCGCCACCUACGGGCUGAACGUGGAGCGGGUCUUCCAGGACGUGGCUCAGAAGAUCUCGGCCACCAGGAAGAAGCAGCAGUUGUCCAUCGGGCCGUGCAAGUCGCUGCCCAACUCCCCGAGUCACUCGUCCGUCUGCGCCACGCAGGUGUCGGCCGUCCACAUCACCCAGACGAGUAACGGCGGCGGCAGCCUGAGCGACUACUCGUCGUCGGUGCCGUCGACGCCCAGCACGAGUCAGAAGGAGCUGCGCAUCGACGUGCCGCAGACCACCAACACGCCCACGCCCGUCAGGAAGCAGUCCAAACGCCGCUCCAACCUCUUCACCUCGAGGAAGGCCAACGAGCCGGACAAGGACAAGAAAGGCCUGGAGGCUCGAGCGGACAGCAUCGGCAGCGGGCGAGCCAUCCCCAUCAAACAGGGAAUGUUGCUGAAGAGAAGCGGAAAAACCCUCAACAAGGAGUGGAAGAAGAAGUACGUGACGCUGUGUGACAACGGACUGCUCACCUACCACCCCAGCCUGCACGACUACAUGCAGAACGUCCACGGGAAGGAGAUCGACCUGCUGAGGACCACGGUGAAGGUCCCGGGGAAGAGGCCGCCACGCGCCGUCUCCACCUGCGCCGCCGUGCCCAGCCCCAAGACCAACGGGCUGACCAAGGACAUGAGCAGCCUGCAGCUGGGACAGACUCCAGGCACGGUGACCACCAGCACGUCCGUGUCCCAGAUGGCGAGCGGCCCCAGUCUGGUGUCCUUCAACAGCCGCGGCAUGGAGGGGAUGCACCAGCGCUCGUACUCCGUCUCCAGCGCCGACCAGUGGGCCGAGGCCACGGUCAUCGCCAACUCCGGAGUCAGCACGGACACGGGCCUCGGCGACUCGGUCUGCUCCAGUCCCAGCAUCUCCAGCACCACCAGCCCCAAGAUGGAGCCGCCGCCGUCGCCACACGCCAACCGCAAGAAGCACCGGCGGAAGAAGAGCACCAGCAACUUCAAAGCCGACGGCCUCUCUGGUACUGCGGAAGCCAAGCGCAAAGCGUGGAAACUAAAUCGUGUCGCUAGUCUGCGAAGCAUUUACGCCAACAGUCUGCACAACUCCGAAGAACAAGAGGAGAACUUUGAGUUCACCAUCGUGUCGCUGACGGGGCAGACGUGGCACUUUGAGGCCACGUCGUACGAGGAGCGAGACUCCUGGGUCCAGGUGAUCGAGAGUCAGAUCCUGGCCAGUCUGCAGUCGUGUGAGAGCAGCAAGAACAAGUCUCGUCUGACCAGCCAGACGGAGGCGAUGGCUCUUCAGUCCAUCAGAAGCAUCCGAGGAAACGGUCACUGUGCCGACUGUGAAGCUCAGAGCCCCGACUGGGCGAGUCUGAACCUCGGCGCCCUGAUCUGCAUCGAGUGCUCGGGCAUCCACAGGAACCUGGGCACCCACCUGUCCCGGGUGCGCUCUCUGGACCUGGACGAGUGGCCGCUGGAGCUCAUCAAGGUCAUGUCGGCCAUCGGCAACGAGCUCGCCAACAGCGUGUGGCAGGCCAACGCUCAGGGGCGCCUCAAGCCCGGGCCGGACGCCAGCAGGGAGGAGCGAGAGCGCUGGAUCCGGGCGAAGUACGAGCAGCGUCUGUUCCUGGCGUCGCUGCCGGGCACCGACCUGUCUCUGGGCCAGCAGCUGCUGAGGGCGACGGCCGAGGAGGACCUGCGCGCCGUCGUGCUGCUGCUCGCCCACGGGUCCCGACAGCAGGUCAACGAGACGUGUGGCGAGGGAGACGGACGCAGCGCCCUGCACCUGUCCAGCCGCAAGGGCAACGUGGUCGUCACGCAGCUGCUCAUCUGGUACGGCGUGGACCUGAUGGCGAGGGACGCCCACGGUAACAGUGCGAUGGCGUACGCUCGGCAGGCCAACAGUCAGGAGUGCGUGGACACGCUGGCUCAGUACGGCUGUCCUGACGAGCGCUUCCCGCUCAUGGCCACGCCCAACCUGUCCCGCCGCAACACCAACCGCAACAACAGCUGCAGCAGCAGCGGCAGCACCGCCCUCAUAUGACUGCAGCGCUCGGACACGUGGAAACACACUCACACACAUUUGGGAGAAUCCUCAUCGUUUAUUUUGGGAACCACUACCUGUUGUGACUCUUGAGCCCCGCCCACCUCACCUGACGACCACCUGACGGCUCGUCCAGACUGAUUUAAAGGUGACGCCAUGUUUGGGAGAAGAAACCCAAAGCAUGCUGGGAAAUGUGGUCCACGGGUGGCUCGUCAUUGGCUCAUCAGAGCUCCUUGGGAAAUAAUCACAUGACUUAUGGCGUCCAAUCAGGGCGCAGUCUGAAGCUCUACGGACAUCAUACCUCAUCACACUACGCGGCCAGUUCCUGUCAAUCAAGAAUCCUCGAAAGACUUGUCCAGCUCCACAGCCAAUCAGAAUCCACGCCCCCUUUCCCGCCAAAACAUAUCUUCAGUGAGAUGAAGACGAUAUCAAGGAAUCGUGGGAGGAAUCCCCCGAGAC